AAGCUGAGUGGAAACUCGUUGAUUAAGUUGGUAAAUAAUAUUUCUAUCUAAUACUAUUAAAAAACGAAUUUGGUGUGUUAGUAGUAUUUGAAGAAAGAAAGAGAGAGAAAAAUAGUAGUCGGGAAAGGGGAAGGAGAAGGGGUGAGAGAGAAAAGGAAUAGGCGGAGUGAAAAUGCAGAAAUUGAAAACCCUGGUACGGCAGUGGCGAUGUAGUUAUAGUUAUAGUUAUAGUUACAGUGCGAAAAUGAAUAAUAAGAAAGCAUCAAUGUUGGUGGAACGAACCCUAGUGACGACGGCACGAUUUGGCAAUUCAUCAUCAACGACGACAUGGAUGGGGUUGGGCUAUUCUGUUAAUCAGCGUCGCGGCGUGAAAGUGGCCGGCUCCGAGGUGAGGACGGGGAACAUUGUCCAAAGAAAAGGCCGCAUUUACCAGGUUAUCAAAGCACAACACACUCAGCAUGGCAGAGGAGGGGCCUCCAUUCAGGUUGAGCUUCGCGAUGUCGACACUGGUAACAAAGUUACUGAAAGAUUCCGUACCGAUGAAUCCCUUGAAAGGGUAUAUGUUGAAGAGAAGACUUUCCAGUACUUGUACUCUGAGGGAGAUUUGGUAGUCUUGACAGACCCUGAAACAUUUGAACAGCUAGAGGUCCCAAAAGAAUUGUUUGGAAAAAAUGCUGUCUACCUCAAAGAGGAUAUGACAGUUAGAGUGCAGUAUUAUGACGGGAGACCGAUGUCCACAACAGUACCUUAUCGUGUUACAUGCACAGUUGUUGAAGCUCAAGCUCCUAUGAAGGGCCUCUCUGUGAAUCCUCAGUACAAAAAGGUUUUACUGGAUAAUGGCCUGACAGUUCUUGCUCCUCCAUUCAUUGUGACUGGCGAUGCAAUCGUCGUGAAUACUGCAGAUGAUUCUUAUAUUACAAGGGCAAAGUAGUAAUGUGUACAUCCUGAAAUUUGGCAUACAACAUCUUACUAUGAAGAUAUUCAUUGUGAAGAUUUAGGAAUGUUCUAUUGUGACAAAAUGUUACUCCGUAACAUGAUAUAGACAAGCUUGAAUAAUCUGCGUAUCUAUUGGUGAUUCACAGUGGAAAUGUUUUGCUUUUCCAUGUAAAAUUCUCUCUCUCUUUUUUUUUUUUUCCUUCUGCUUGUUGUUUGAAGGAUUUUGCUGUUAUAUGCUUAUAUUAGCGUUAAUUUUGGCUUCUUA